AUGGGACGCAAGGGGAUAAAUCCCCGUAAUUUGGGUCGGGUUUUUGAUGGUAAUGGUGAAGUUUAUGAUCUUGGAUGUGAUGCGAGGUUGGCUAGACGAUUGAAGAGAAGGUGCAUUGCAAAUCAAAAUUUCAAGCGUACUCCUCCGAAAGUUCCUGAAGCUAACAGUAUCAAAAUUGAUAUUGAUGACCAUGAUGAAGAAAAAGAAGAAUUAGUGGAUCCUGAUUACAUAAAAUAUUUGGAUGAUUUGUCUUCAAAACUAGUUGAUAAUAGUAAUGUUUCUAACAAUAGUUCUUUGGAUAAUGGAAACACUGGUGGUGAUGUGUUGGUAGAUGAUGAAGAAUUAGAGGAUCCUGAUUACAUAAAUUAUUUGGAUGGUUUACAACUUGGUGAUGGUACUGUUUCUAACAGUAGGUCUUUGAAUAAUGGAAAUACUAGUGGCAAUGUGUUGGUAAAUGAUGAUGAUGAUGCAUUAGAGGAUCCUGAUUACUUGAAUUAUUUGGAUGGUUUACCACUUGGUGAUGGUACUGUUUCUAACAAUAGGUCUUUGGAUAAUGGAAACACUAGUGGCAAGGAGUUGGUAAAUGAUGAUGAUGCAUUAGAGGAUCCUGAUUACUUGAACUAUUUGGAUUGUUUACCACCUGGUGAUGGUAAUAGGACACCUGGUGAUGGUAAUGUUUCUAACAAUAGCUCGUUGGAUAACGGAAACACUAGUGGCGAUGUGUUGGUAAAUGAUGAUGAUGCAUUAGAGGAUCCUGAUUACUUGAAAUAUUUGGAUGGUUUACCGCCUGGCGAUGGUAAUGUUUCUAACAGUAGGUCUUUGGACAAUGGAAACAGUAGUGGUGAUGUGUUGGUAAAUGAUGAUGAUGCAUUAGAGGAUCCUGAUUACUUGAACUAUCUGGAUAGUUUACCGCCUAGUGAUGGUAAUGUUUCUAACAAUAGGUCUUUAGACAAUGGAAACAGUAGUGACGAUGUGUUGGUAAAUGAUGAUGAUGCAUUAGAGGAUCCUGAUUACUUGAACUAUCUGGAUAGUUUACCGCCUAGUGAUGGUAAUGUUUCUAACAAUAGGUCUUUAGACAAUGGAAACAGUAGUGACGAUGUGUUGGUAAAUGAUGAUGAUGCAUUAGAGGAUCCUGAUUACUUGAACUAUUUGGAUGGUUUACCACUUGGUGAUGGUACUGCUUCUAACAAUGUGUCUUUGGAUGAUGGAAACACUGGCAGCGAUGUGUUGGUAGUAGAUGAUGAUGAUGAUGAAUUAGAGGAUCCUGAUUACAUAAACUAUUUGGAUGAUUUAUCUUCACAACCACUUUGUGAUAGUACUGUUUCUAAUUAUAGGUCUUUGGAUAAUGGAAACACCAAUGAUCAUGUGUUACUAGAGAACAGGUCGGUUAAUGCUGAUGCUGCUCAUAAUAUUGAUACUUUAAAUGAUGGAGAUCCUGAGUACGAGAGAAUCCAAGAAAGUAUCAGUGUUGAAGUUGGUGAUAGAGAUGGUAGAAAAUUACUUGACAAUGAUUAUGAGAAUUUUUUGUGUAAUAUACCUUCAGAUUUAGAACCAUUUCUUUGUAGUGAUGUUAAUAAAAGUUUUGUGAAUGGUGGUGUUAAUGUUAAUGCAGUUCAUCAAUCUCUGAAUAAUGGUGAUGCAACUGGUGAUGUGUUGUUAGAGAUUGAUGCUUAUACUAAUGAUGCUUUCAGUGAUGGAGAUCCUCAAUGUGAGACAACCCCAGACAGUAACAAUAUUGAAACUGAUGAUAACAAAGAAGUAUUAGUGGAUGGUGCUUAUGAAGAGUUUUUGAGUAGUCUACCUUCAGAACCUUCUUUUGAUAGUGCUGUUCGUAAUGAUAAUUCCGUGAGUGCUGGUGUUAAUGCUGUUAAUACAUCUUUUCAGAAUCGUACUAGUGGGAAUGAAUUGACGGAGGAGUCUGUUGAUGAUGCUUAUAAUACUGAUAAUGAUAAUAGUAGUGGUAGUAAUAGUAAAAAGAACAAUUGUUUCAAUGAUAUGGAUCCUCAUAAUAUUCAACAUGAUAGGUAUAGAGUGGAAAAUAUCGAUACAGUGAGGCCUAAACCAGAAGCUGCAGGUGCGACCAAGCAUGAUCAGAAACAUAAAAUGAAGUGUGACAUAGUGGACCCUUGCUACAACACUUUUUUGAGUUCACUGAAGAGAGAGGGCAAGUACUGGGUAUUUAUGCCUGAAAGUGGUGGAAAAGUUGUAUAUGGAGAGGAUGAGGAGAGUUCAUCUGACUCGGAAGUAAUUGUGAUGGACAACGAUCCAUUUGCUGAUGAAGAUUAUUCUCCAUUUGUUUCUUCAAAGUCAAAACCAGAUGAUGCACUUUAUGAAGAUGGCAAGGGGUGCAUUAAGAGUUCAUUUCGAAAUGGACAUUCUUUGUUCAGGGAGAGCCUUCUAGAAAUUCUCAGAAAGCCAUAUGAUGAAAAGGAGUACGAGGAACUUUUGGGUGAAGUAUAUGUCCACAGGCCAGUGAAAAUAGAAAAAGACAUGCGUAAUGGGAGGACAAGAGUAUGUUUGGCAGGAAGAAGUCCAUCUUAUCUUGAUCUGCACAAGGAUCUUCAUAGAAAAAUUCUAGAAGCUGGAUCUAACAAGUCUAAAAUUUUGAAUCUUUUGCGUGGAUUUUUCUACUGGUUGCAGAAUUUGGCGCAUGAAGGACAGUUUAAACCUUGGACAGACUCAUCAUGUUUGGAAGUUUUCCCACCGAAAAUUCUAUAAUUCCCAUUGCAGCAACAAAGAUGGAAACUGAAAUCUAGUUUGUGAAAGAAUAUUUUGGCAGAUACAAGAUUGUGCAUUCAGCUAUUGUCGCGGUGUAAAAGGCAUCAAUGUGGAAGAGCCAAGUUCUGUUUGCUGAAAGUGUGAUGCAACUUGUUGAAUGUUGUGGGGAGAAGGCUAUAUAUAUAAAAAACUGUUUUACCAGAUCAAGUCACAAUCUGAUACCCGAUAGUAAUGUCUAUAUUUUGUCUAGCCACUUUGUUUGAACGUUGUUCAUUGUGCAUCUCGGAGCUGGUCAUCAUUAUUAAGCAGAACGCGUGGCUUCCCCAUGCUGAAGUUCAAUACCCUUGCAUUCAUGUUAUAUUUGAUUUCUCCAUCAUAUAACAGCUUUCUUAUGUAGUGCUCUAUGUCUGAACCGAUCAGUCUAAGUGUGUACUCCGUCAAGGGGGCGCCCUGGUUUCAGAUGGAAGUGUCAGUUACCCAGUAGAGUGAAUCAAAGGAUGAAACAAGGUUGUGCUAACAUACGGAUUACAUUUUUUCUCUCUGUAUGUAGCUUUCUAUUCAUCAUUGAAUAUGCAACUGGAAAAACUAAAUCAAAUUUUUUUCAGGAUGGUAA